GGUUCUUAUAGCGCCGCGGGCGGCGGUUGGCGGCGGGGACGGCACGGACGGUGGCGACAUGGCGACUCUGCGGCUCGUGGUGCUGGCGCUGGCGCUGCUGAGGGCCGAGGUCGGCUCCGGGGCAGGGAGCGGGAUCUGGACUUCCGUAGAUGAUAUUGGCUCCAAGACACGGCUUACCUGUACCUUGAAUCACAGCACCACUGAGAUCAUCGGCCACCGCUGGGUGAAGGGGGGCAAAGUGCUCAAGGAGGAUGCACUGCCCGACAUGAAGACGGAGUAUGAGGUGGACUUGGAUGAGCGCUCUGGGGAGUACUCGUGCAUCUUCCUCCCGGAGCUGGCGGGAAGGACCAGAAUCGAGGUGAAGGGGCUCCCCAACAUCAAGGCCGUGAAGAGGUCAGAGCAUGCCACCGAGCGGGAGACGGUCGUGCUGGGCUGCAAGUCGGACUCCUUCCCCCCGGUCAGCGAGUGGGUGUGGUACAAGAUGGAGAGCUCUGGGGACCAGGUCAUCAGCAACACCUCCCAUAGCAAGUACCUGGUGACAUCCUUGGAGACCAAGACGGAGCUGUACAUCUCGAACCUGGACCUGGAGACAGACCCUGGCAAGUAUGCGUGCAACGGCACCAACUCGGAAGGCACCAGCCAGGCCAUCAUCGUGCUGCGAGUGCGAAACCGCUUUGCCGCCCUCUGGCCCUUCCUGGGCAUCGUGGCCGAGGUGCUGGUGCUGGUCACUGUCAUCUUCAUCUACGAGAAGCGGCGGAAGCCGGACGAGGUCCUGGAUGACGAGGACACAGGCUCCGCUCCUCUGAAGAGCAGCGGGCACGUGAAUGACAAAGGCAAGAACGUGCGCCAGAGGAACGCCAACUGAGGCGUCCAGCUCCGUGUGGAGCAGCUCAGCGUCUGGUGUUUGCAGAUCCUCUCAAAGGAGACCCGCCCUACGAAAGCAGACCACACCGUGGGUCAAAUCACAAUGUUUCUUUCCUUUUUUAAACUGAACUAGGGUUUUCUACACAUAGAAUUCUGUUCCUUAGGGGUUUGUUUUUCCUUUUUAAACAUUUUGUGACCACCUCAGGGGAGCUGUGAGCUUCCUGCGAGACUCCUGUCCUCAGCCCAUCCCCUCAGCUGCCCCUGCCCACCUGACCCCUCGCCGUCCUCCCACUAUCUCCCGCCUGUCCCUCCUGUCCCUUGGGCAUUUAGCCUCCAGCCCGUAGUGGGGGUUUUGAAGGGCAGGUUGGCCUUUUUCUGGGGCUCUACCUCCUGAGACUGCUGGGCCUUGUUGGGACCCUUUGUGGAAGGUCACAGGUCGUGCACGGUGCGAGUGUCCUGCCUGUCUGAAGUCCGUGCUGAUGGGGUGCCUCGGGUCUGUGCGUCAGGACAGCUCUGCACGCAGCUGCUGGUGGGCCCGCGCUGGCCCGCCCUGCCCCUGCCGUCCACACGCCCAGCUGCAGGGGAGUAGUCCGGCGACCACGCUGCAGAACCCCCUCCCCAGCUGCUCCGCAGCAUCCUGACUCACCCACCACCUGCCUGCUCACCAAUAAAGAAAGGCCGACCCGUCUCUUUC